UAUCAACACUGCUCGAACAUACAGAGCAUGAAGAACGAGUCUCUUCAUCUAUCAGCUUCUGGUUUACCUGCUGCUCAGUCGUUUCACGAUACAAGGGUAUUGUCGCGUAUCAUGGAAUGUUUUACCAUGUGCGCUUUUUGUUGUAUACAAGCUGUUACCGUAAACAACACAGCAGCGCCAAGAAUAAAAUGCGUGUCGAGUAUCAUGUUCCCCGCAAGACACCCACAUGCAAGCCACAGACGCUCGUUCCCAGUCAAGAAAGAAGUCGCGUCGAGAGUUCACUACCGACACCCCUCGAGAUGUGCUGAUCGACGCCCUCAAAGAGAAGGAAUACAAGAUCCGGAGAAUGCAAGGACUCUUUGUUGACGCAUUGCAGUUACUACAUGACACAGAACGCCGCACUGUCGAGGCAGAAAGCCGCAUCGCUGACACGGCUAAAGGCCUUGACAAGUUGAACCAAUACAGAUCCAAGCUGCUGGAUGACACUUGGAAGGUGAAGCAAGAGACCUCAGAGGACCGAUGGUGGGCCACACGCGGUCAGGAGGAACGAGCAGAGAAGACCAAUCUACUUUCUCAUCUUUUAGAGGGGGUCGGACAGACAGUAGACGAAGCAGCCAGUGAGCGCCAUAUCCGUGUGCAAAAUGCAGAGGCUCUGGCAACUGCGCGAAGGGUGGACCGUCUAUGGAGUCACGAGGUUCAGAACCCGAAGCGUAAUAACCCACUCCAGUCUGAAGCGCAACAGGUGGCCUUAGUGGCAGCUCCUGUUUCUCUGCCACCUAACUCAGAUGGCAAUGCCCACCAUCUUGCUUCAGAGAGCGUUCGUUCACGUGUACCAUCUACCCCAACAACACCUCCUACUUAUCCAGAAUCUCUACAAGAAUCUCUUCAUUCUACACUCCUUGACACCCGUCCUCGAACGAGCCGUCCAUACCGCAUGCGUCGAUCUCAGUCAGUUUCCAGUCCUGCAUACUCCAAUGAUAUCGCGGGCCGAGGCAGCCUGCACUCCGUCGAGAACAGCUGCAUCACUUCCCAGUCAUCGGAUAGUCACUUAGAGUCUCUUCUCUCCGAACCCGGAGCCCUUCCUAGUGAAAUUAUCGGCUCGUCUCUUCGGAAGAGACGUCCCAGUCUCACAGAACGCCUGUUCGAUAUCGGCAAGGCCACUUUCAGUCCAUCAAACGCGGUCACCGAGACUCCCGUUGAUCCUUGGUGCCCCACUGGGCAUAUCACAGCCGCUCACAAGCCUAAAUUUCACAGGAGGUCCUCUGUAGAUUCAGAGAAUUCACUGCCUCCUCCGGUACCACCCAAAAGCUAUCCCAGUACACGAAAGGAAAGGUUGCUUCUCGCAGAUGAUUUACGCUACGGGGCGGCCGCAAAGGAAAUAUCUCAUUAUAGAGAAAACCUCAUUUCAAGUAAAGAACGCGAUACGAGCGCUUACCUUGGACCUGAUAAGAUUCACCGAGAAGCUGCCGCGAUGCUCGCAUAUCCUGAUCGACUUGAUUCACGCUCGCCGCGUACAUCCUUACAUUCUACUUCAACUACAGUGGAUACACCUUCCCGCAGGAGCUCUCGCAUAGCGUCUUCGACCGCUGCUGCUAGUCUGUGCAGUGACGGCGAACCGCCUAACCCUUCUUCAUCAGCCUCGAGAGUUGGCCUAUCUCCUCAAACAGUUCCUUCAAUAACAGUGACCCCGCCAUCACGUACGACUUCAAUGGAUGAUCUUUCAUCACCGUCACUCUCUAGGAAGCAAGCUGGCGAUUCAAGUUCAAGAGCCCCGCCGCCUACGAGACUUUCACCCGACAAUCGUGCUUCAGGAUCUCCCAAACACCUCAUCAGCGGUCCUUCGAACCCACCAGCCAGUUUGCUCCUAUCCCAGAAACGUGCCGGACGCCACGCCCGCGAAGGUCAAAUUCUAGCGUAGGUCAUAGACAGAGGGACAAGAGUCUGCCCUCGCGGCCGACUCGUACACCUGUUUCCGCUCAAGCUUGCCGAGAACCUGCUUCAACUAGAAAGCCUACGUCCCAUUCUUCGGAUUUGCCGCCACCCAUCACUCCUCCUCCAAUUGGUGUCUCUUCCACCCCAGUUCAUAUUUCUCGCAAUAAAGGACCUCCCAACCAUAUCAGAAAGAUGCCUGCGCCAAAGGCAUCAUCGGUUAACAAUUCUCUUCAGUCUAUACGGGAUACAAGUAUUCCUGCUGAAGUCAAGACCCUGAGACGUGUCAAAAGACAAGUUCUCCGCAUCUAAUGCACAACGCACGACCAUCAU